UCUUUUUUUCGGAUCCUUUUGGAUGGUGGAGAAGGAGCGAUCCUCCGCGUAGUCCUGGACGAUGACCAAACUGCAGUUUUUGAACGUCUUCCUGACCGAGCGGCUCAUGCUUGCUGCGCAGGAGAUCUACAAGUCUGUAGAGGACACAAUUUUGGAGUACCAGGAGGAAAUAGCAAUCCGGGAGCGGGAGAACGACCAUCUGAGACGCAGGCUGCGAGAUGCAGGGAUUGAAAUAUGGCCAGACCGCCCAUCAAUGGCGUUGCUCGAAGAGGAGGAUGGCGAGCAUCCACGGCGUGAGUGGAGUCCCAGCAUGGGACAUGAAGAGCGUAUUCCAAUUCAGCUCAAGGACAAGGGAGAACUGCGGCCCAAUCAAGGAGAGCUCCAUGCCCAUGGCUCUUGCAGCACUUCAGAAAACAUGUUCUCCCCCGCGCAUGUCGCAAAUGAGUACGUGCAGGACGGCCCACACACGUCCGCCCCACACACGUCUGCCCCACACACAUCUGCCCCACACACGUCCGCCCCACACACGUCUGCCCCACACACAUCCGCCCCACACACGUCCGCCCCAUCCCAGAGUCAAGGCGUGGAGAACAGGGACCAGGAUCCUGGUUCCCGGGGCUCCUCGAGGCACGUGAAGGCAGAGAGUGGAGGCAGCCACAGGGGCCCAGUGUCAUCCAACAACGGCGGGCAGCCCCUCGCACCAGUCAACCCAAACUGUGCAAAUGAGAACAACAUUGACAUCGGGGUGGAGAAUGGCAGACAGAUGGUUGGUGCUAAGGGAAACGAAUCUGUGGCAAACAGGGGACCGGCAUCUCAUACGCGCAACCAAGAAGCCAACGCCGUGGAGUGCCCCAAUCCGAAAUCCCCCCUCCAAGGCCACAUGUCGUCCUUCUGCUGCAAGGUUUGCGGCGAGGCCUUCAGCCAUGUGGGUCAUUUGCACGUGCACGUGCAGGUGCACACGCGGGAGAAACCUUACCGCUGCGGCGUGUGCGGGAAGUGCUGCAGCUCCGCAGGACGACUGCAGGAGCACCAGCGGAGCCACACUGGGGAGAAACCCUUCCGCUGCCAGAUUUGUGGCAAAGGGUUCACCCAGAUGGCUCACCUCAAAGUGCACAUGAGGAUCCACACGGGGGAAAAGCCGUACAGCUGCCCCGUGUGCGGCAAGUGCUUCAGUCGCUCGGACAAAAUCAAACGGCAUCUCCAGACGCAUAGUCGGGAGGGGACCUAUUUUUCAGGGCAAUGAUGCCGCUGAGGAGCCAGCCUUCUUUGGGAAUCACAUCCAUGUGUUUUUUUUUUUUGUUUACGAAAACAGUUGCUGCCAUUUAGUACGAUUUUUGUACUGACUUUGAAAAUGUGUAAAUAUGUUUGUAACAUAAUAAUACUUCAUUUCAUGAUCAUGUCAUUGAUCUUUAUCAGGUUCCUAAAUUUUACAUUGACACAAGGAAAUUCAAAAAAUGUAAAGUUUUACGGUUACAUUUUAAGAAGGCUUAAAAUAAAAAACAAAAAUCAAUUCUUUCACACAUUCCUUGAAACUGGAAAUGGGAAUGUGACUGCAUUUCCUUGCUCAAUGUGGGGAAAUGAUCAAUAUUUUUUACUUUUUAAAAUCUCUAUUGUAUUUCUCGAGUUGGGGCGGUGGUGAAGUCAGGCAUGUUAUAGAAACUUCUGCUGAUAUUGUUAUAGUAGUUCAAUAAUGACACUAGCACCAAAACAAUAACAUUCAUUUGAGAGUGACUACAUUUAGAACAUUUAAAAAGUAGCAGUUGCAGAUUACUUCAUUUUUUUAUUUGUAUUCAUUUUCAUUCAUUUUUCAAUCAAGGAAAUUCUGUCAAAUGUCUAUCUCCAGAUGGGACAGUGUGUAUCUGAAUGUUUUGUUUCAAUGCUACAGUGUAUUAUUUUGCCCUGAGAAAAGACCUGCAGCUAUUAGGACUUGAUUCUUCUACUAAUUAUCUCUUCAAUCAUUUGAGCCAUUGCGUAAAAUUAGCUUUAGCGUAAUAUCUAACAACAAUAUCAAUGCAAAAUACACGAGAAGUGCUGGUAUUUUUAUCUCCACUAGGGGUCACCAUCCUACACUGUAGUAUCCGCCUGAUGAUGUGUGGGUCAGCGAAUGAGUUAGUUCAGGUUAGCCGGUCUGGGCGUCGAGUCCCCGGGCAUCACUUGUGGUUGUUACAUUUAAAGUAUGAAUGUGCUUAAGUUUUUUGUUACAUUUUGUUCAAUAAAGUAAUCGUAAGCGCAUCA